CCAGUAUUAAUUUAAAUAUAAGGUCUUCAACCACUAGUUUACUUGGCCAUGUGUGUUGUAAGGCCACUAGGACCUCUUCAUCCUUAUCCAGGGGAGUGCUAACCUUCUGUCCUUUCUGCAACAUGUAGUUCUAUACCAAUAUCUCAAAACAUAGCCUGACAUCACCUGAGAUGCCCAUAAACCAAAGCUACAAAUUACAUUGUAAAGACCCAUUCUCUCUGCCUGUCUGUCUCCUCCCGCUCUCAGUAACUUUAAUUGAAAACUAAUCCUAGUGAUUAACUCUGUAAUUCCUUCAUCUCUUUUGCUGUUCAGUUUGCCUGUCCGACAUAGUCAUGAGUUGCUCGCAACAUUAUUUAAUUGAGAUGUUUGAGCCUCUGUUCCCUUUUCACUGAGUCCAUUUCACUUGGGGGAUAAAUGGAAUUGGCCUUUGGAAAACUGACAAUUGUUAAACUCUUCAUUGAACUUUGAUCAAGUUAUUAUUGAUCCAUCUUUUUCUGACAUGCUCUUUUCUUCAUCCCUGUAAAAUUGAUUUGCUUUGUUAGGUCAUUUCAGAGGGUGGAUUCACACUUGUGUGGGACUGGCAUAUGUAGGCCAAACUUAUAAUGUUAUCACCUUUCUUUUAAUCAUUAGGAUUCUUAUAACCAGUCUGAGGAUUAUUUAUUCAGUAACUAGCUUUUGGUGAUUAUACCUUAUUUCCAUCUCCAAAGAAUUAUUUACCUCUUCAACGGCUCCACUGCCAAAACCCUUUACCUUGAACCUAUUAUCACGAGAGAGCUAUCAGACAUGCUGAUUGGAAUAUCUAGACAGCAGUUCAGAUGUGAUCGGAACGCUUCCAGUCUGCAGAGACAAGGGUUGGCUAUGAUGGAAUCUACAGAAGGGUAUGGACAGUUUUGAAUGAGUGAGUGGAAACUUGGCAGAUGGACCAAUGUGGGCAAAUGGGAGGUUUUCACUUUGGCAGAAAGAAUAGAAGAGCUAAUUAUUAUUUAUAUAGGGAAAGACACAAGAAAGCUGCAGCAUCGCAAUUUCAUAUCCUUGUGCAUAAAUUACACAAGUAGCCAGUUGAAGUUUUGGCAAGUUCAAGCUUUUGAAUGUUAGAACAAUAAAUUUACUAGGAAACGCAAUAUUUUUAAUAAAUUAUCCUCAGUAUCCAGAUUCAGCAGGUAAUUGGGAAGGCAAGUGGACUGUUCACCCUUAUUUCAACAGGAUUAGAAUGUAAAAAUAAUGAGGUCUUGCUUAAAUUAUACAAAAUCAAGCCAUGUCUAGGGUGCUGUGAAUGGUUUUGAUCCCCUUAUCUAUGGAAAGAUAUACUGGCAUUUGAGGCCAUCUGUAGAAGGUUCACUAAGUUGAUCUGUGGAAAUUUUCUUAUCGGGAGAAGUUGAGUAGAUUGGGCUGGUAUUGAUUGGAAUUUAGAAGAAUGAGAGGACACUUUAUUGAAAAAUAAUAUCCGUAGGCAACUUGGCAGGGCAGGUAAGAAGCGAUUGUUUCCCUUUUUGGGAAAGUCUUGGACCAGAGGCACAAUCAUAAUAAGAGGUUGCCAGUUUAAGACACAGAUGGGGAGGAAUCUGCAGAACACUUUACUGCAGAGGACUGUCGAGGCUGGAUCAUUAAUCAUAUUCAAGGCUGAGAAAGACAGAUUUUUAAUCAGAAACAGGAUCGAGGGUUGAGAGAUCUGGUAGGAAAGCGGAGUUGAAGAUUACCAGAUCAUCCGUGAUCUCAUUGAAUGACAGAGCAGACCCGAUGAACCAAAUGGCCUAUUUCUGCUGCUGCAUCUUACGGUUCUGCUGGCAACAUUCUACAAUAUGUCCUGUACUACUGGCAAGAUUGGCUAUCCCGUUGGACUAUGUUAUAUGUAGGGUGGACACAACUUGGACAUGAGAAGCCUUUGGCCUUGAUUCUGAUCCAAAGCUAUUAAGUUUCAUAACUUUCAAACGAGAAGAGAGCUACGUGUUUGGAACCCGCUGCCUAUCUCUCCAAGAACAGAUUAAUUGAACUUCCACAAGAAGUUUGCUUGUUUGCGCCAUUGGAGACAUUACACUUGUAUCACAAUUGCAUCAAAUGCAUUCCAGAAACUGUUGUUAAUCUGCAAAUGUUAACUUUCUUAAAUAUUAGCCGAAAUCUUCUAUCAACAUUGCCAAAAUAUUUAUUUAAUCUUCCACUUAAAGUUUUAGUUGUAAGCAACAAUAAGUUAGUUUCCCUUCCAGAAGAAAUUGGAAAGCUUAAAGAUCUAAUGGAACUGGAUGUUAGUUGUAAUGAAAUUCAAAUCCUCCCUCAUCAAAUAGAAAAACUUCAGUCACUCAGAGAAUUAAACAUACGCAGGAACCAUCUGCAGGUGUUACCUGAGGAAUUGGCAGAACUUCCUCUCGUAAAAUUAGACUUUUCCUGCAAUAAAGUGACCGAAAUACCCAUCAGUUUUAGGAAAUUGCGAUACCUUCAGGUUAUAAUAUUAGAUAACAACCCAAUGCAAUCACCUCCAGCACAGAUUUGUCUAAAAGGUAAAGUGCACAUAUUCAAAUUCCUGAACAUGCAAUCAUGCCGGAUAGACAAAAAGCCAGAUUCUCUGGACCUUCCUUCUUUGGAUAAGAGAGCACUUCCUCAGCCUCUUACAGACAGCAUGGAAGACUUUUAUCCAGUGAAAAACCAUGGUCCUGACUCGGGCAUUGGUAGUGAUAAUGGUGAUAAACGAUUGUCUACAACUGAACCUUCAGAUGAUGAUACAAUUAGCCUACAUUCUCAGGUGUCAGAAAUAACCAAGGAUUUGCCCCUCAAAUCAGACAAUCAUUUAGUUGGGGAUAAACUCAAUUCUCUGAAAACCUCAUUGGACCAAGAGCAUUUAGACCUGAUUGAUAAUGCAGAUGAGGAAGAGACGCCACCAUCUGAAGCUGGAGAUGUUCUUCGAAUUCCUCCAUUUGUUACUUACUUAAAAGAACGAGGGAAGUUACCUGAAAAAUCACGGCUUGCAAAAGAUAAUAACUGGGGUGAUGAACCACGGCCUUCAAGAGAUUUGCAGCAAAUGAUACAAGAUGAGCAUGAGUUGAAGGAAGUGACUGAUUUGCGUAAAAUAGCUGCUCAAUUAUUGCAACAAGAGCCGCAAAACAGACUUUUUGGUCACUCUUGUUCAGUAAGUGGAAGAGAGAGGAAGAAAAAAACGUUGGAGUCUGAUAGUAGGUCAGAUAAAGCAACAUCACCGGGGUCACCGUACAGAUGUCACUCUAUGGCUCUUUCUGAUGAAGUUGAGAAGAAACCAGAGGUAACCAGUACAGAUCAUAAAUACACCGAGGCACAGCAACAUGCAAAGUGGCGUCAUGAAGAAAGGCGACAUGUUAAACAAAUGAGGAAAGAUCAUAUGAAGUUAAAAUCUUCAAAGAAAAACAAGGAGGAAUUUGAAUAUGAAAAUGAGCCUGAUACUGAAACUACAUAUAUGUCUUCACCAUCUUCUGUUCAAAUCAUAAAUUCAUUUUCUUCUGUCCAGGCAACACCCAGUGUGUCAUAUGAGGAGGAUGAUCGAUCAAUUGGAUUUUCCACUCAACCCUCAUCAGUACCUUUUGGUCUCAAACCUAGAUCAGCAUUUACCCGUCCAUCACGUCAGGAACUUGGAGCAGUUGACCCGGGUUUUACUAUUAGAAGAAAGAUGGAACAUCUAAGAGAAGAAUUAGAACAAAUUAGGCAACUUAAACAGAACCUCGAAUUAAGAUUGAAGGUUGUUCUACCUGAAGAUGUAGGUGCAGCUUUAAUGGAUGGGGUGGUACUUUGUCAUCUUGCCAAUCAUAUUCGGCCACGAUCGGUGGCAAGCAUCCAUGUCCCAUCACCAGCAGUGCCUAAACUGAGUAUGGCAAAGUGCAGAAGGAAUGUUGAAAAUUUUCUCGAAGCUUGCAGAAAGUUGGGGGUUCCAGAGAAUAAACUUUGUCUUCCUCAUCAUAUACUGGAAGAAAGGGGACUGGUGAAAGUGGGUUCUACAGUGCAAGCUCUACUUGAACUACCUACAUCUAAACACACACAAUUAUCUGCUGUGUAAUUAAUAUUCUUGGUCGACAGUCAAGGUUAGAAUAAGUUAUUGUAUUUGCUAUAGUAGUAGUUAAGCCAUUUUCUUUCAAAACCCAAUGCAACAGCUCUCGCUACCUAAGCCAGCAGUUUGAUUAAAUAUCCAUGCUUAUCUGUUUUGUCAGGUACUGUAUUUACAUCCAGCUAACCAUACCUGCCAUGCUAGAAAGUUCAGAAUACAAUGUUUUGUCACUUUUUUUGAUCUCUGUCAUCAGAUAGGAAGCUCCCUCUAUUUAGAUUUAAGAGGAAAAAUCAUUCCGACAACACUAUUUAAUUGUUCAUAGUAUUCAGGUGAUUUCCUCCUCCCAGUAGCUAAACAAACUUUCACUUCUAAUCAAACUUAACCUUGUGUUACCACAAGGGAAAAGAUUUUCAGUGCUGGAGAGAUCUUUAGUUUUUUUUAAUGUAAGGAGAUUUUUUUCAUUGCUCUGUCAUAUUUGUGAUUUUAGUUUAGGUUUAAGAGUUGGUCAGUAAAUUUAACUUUAAUUGGUGCCCACUAGUGCCAUUAUUUUCUCAGGGCUAUUAGGUUUUCUGUACCAGUUUCAGCAACUGGUUCAUACAAUUUUUUUUAUAUUGAGUGCCGUUGAGCCUUUUUAAAAUACAAGACCUCCAUGACUGUUCCUGUUGGCUCAAAUUACUUGAAUUUGUAAAGUAUGCCAGCUUUUUGAAAUUAGAAUAAAAACAGAAAAUGCUGGAAAUACUGAGUAUUUGGCAAUCGCUGUGAAGAGAUAAACCAAGCCAACGUUUUGGGUCUGCAGCCUGUACCUGAUGCUGCCUGACCUGAAUAUUUCCAGAACUUUGUUUUUAUUUCAGACUUCCAGCAUCUGCAAUAUUUUAUCUUUGGAACAAUGACUCGCUAAUGACACAAAAUAAUGGAAAUGAUGCCUUUCAGGCUUUGGCAUUUACUGUAUGUCAUUUAAUAUUGAAAAUAUCAAUAAGCAGUUUAAUAAAACAGACUUUAACCCAAGUUUAUAGGAGUUAUACAAAUCAAAAUUAUUUGCUGCCUGACAUGGAUGUACAAGCUGUGAGAAUUUCUACUAGGGCAGGGUGUUGAGCAAAGGAACCUUACACAGUAUCCGGCUAAAGUGUGACCUGAUAUUAAUGUUAGGCCAGUGCCAUUAAAUGAGAUGUAACAGUCUUGAGUAGGCCUUACAGCUGGCAGUAAACAUGCAUCAGUCCUGACAGGCUGUAAAAGGCAUUUGCCAAAGCAUAAAAUCUCUGCAUUACACUUCACUCCCCUCUUUCAAAUCCAGAGUAGCUUCUGAUUCCUACCUGUGGGAAAUCUUUAGUACUGAUGACUUCACAACCUUUCUCUAAGAAAAUAGAAUGUGGUUGAUAUAUAUAGGAUGUAGGCUUACAUAUGGGCAGGUCAAAAGAGUGACAUGUUUUCUUCGCUUUUGGGUUUUAUGCCACUAAGCAAAUGCUAAUUAAUGUUCUCUGUUUUUGAGAGCCUCUGUAUUUGCUGGCGCCUUCAUGCUGAUCUGCGCAGUGGUUAUUAUUCAUUCAGUCAAUGUAAAUUCUCUUUCGCUGAACCUUUCAUCUGCUCCUAAUGUGCAAAGUUUAGGGUUCUGGCCUUCCCGAUGGAACAAAAACUAUUUAGCAUUUCUUUGUAUCUUUCAAGCUUUUAUAUAUCUCAAUUUUCACUGGUCUUUUGAUUCUUCACCAACACCUGUUAUGAGAUCCAGAUACUCCUUUAAUAAGAUUUCAGCCAAAAGAUGAAGGCCCAAGCAAAAUUAGCUUUGAGUCACCAGAACUAGGAGAAAAUCCAACAGGUGGCAGCAUUCUUUUUUCUUGAAUAUUAAUGGAGGUUAAAUAAAUUUAUAGAGUGAAAAUGCUAUUUUGGAAAAAUAAUACCUUAUACUAUAAUUCAUUAUUAAAUUGUCCUCCUAACUCGGGUCCAUCAUUCAUGGAGAGUAAAUUGCUGAGCAAGUGCUCACUUUCUAGUUGUCUAGUAUUCUCGGGUUAUAGAGGUAGUAUACAACUUUACUCCUUCACCCAAAAAGCCCAGUAAAUUAAAAAUGGACUUUGAACAGACCUUUGGGAUGUUUCCUACUUUCCAAGCAAUUACCAGAUGAUUGAAGAACAUGCCAGUGUUAGCCACAAUUAUCUAAAAGCAGAGCCCGAAACCAAGGAAAAUAACAGUGGGGGUUUAAUUUCUAAUGAGCAAGCAAAAACAGUUGCAUAUGGAUGGGUUGCACUCUAAGAGUAACCAUGAAUUCUUAAUUUGAAAAUCUCUAGAAAUGAAGUAUUCCCAUUUACGUUGGUAAACUUUCUAGGUGCUCAAAAACAAAGCAAGUGUAGUCCCGGUUUUCCAUUUUAGACUACUGUUAAGCAUUUAGCAAAGUUUUAUCUGAAAUGUUAUUGAUAGUUAGCUAAUAGGUGUUAAUCUAGAAUUAGAAACCUGAUAGCACCGUUCUUGCACAUUCCUGAUCCACUAGAGGGCUACAUAUAACUGUCAGUUUUUGAAACUGUAUGUUCUGCAAAAAAAUGUUAGAAGCAAGAAUGACCUUUUACUCAAUUACUUGGUAACACAUUAUAUUCCUCAGGAUACCAGCACUGAGGAGCUAAACUUUUUCUGCAUUAUCUAUUUCAGAACUAUGGGCAGAUUUGAUUAAUUUCUCCAGAAGGAAAAGUACUUGCUUUCUUCCUUCUAAUAUACAGCUAAACAUAUAAGCCUGGAGACAUUUUUUUAGAUAUAAAAUAUCAUAAUUGAAAUGUCAAAGAAACAUUUUCAGGAUAAUUCAGUAACUAGUGUGCAGCAUUGAAAUGUCAGUGUAGCAUGAGAUGUUUGUCAGAUUAGAAGUUCUUCCUCAUUUAUUCACAAUAUGUGAAUCAGUGAAGCUUACAUUUAUUAUUCAUUCCAAAUUAGCCUGAAAAGAUGUUGGCAUUGGAUUCGAACCGCAUUAGUCCUUGUUGUGAUAGUCCCACGUAGGGAGUUCCAUGAUAGUGACGUGUAGGCAAUGAAGACAGUGUGACAUAUCCAAGUAAAGAUGGUGCAACAUGAUAAUGGUGUUCACAUUAUAGUACUGGCCUUGAUAGUAGAGGUUAUAAAGUUGAGAAGGUGAGCUUGGAGAAUUGCAUCAAUGCAUUUUGUAGAUGGUGUGUACUGUAUGCAGUGUGUGUUGUAUUCAGUGACAGGGAAUCUGACAGGGCAGACUGCUUUGCCCUGCGUGGAGUUUACCUUGUGGUAGCUCUAAUCUAGGAACAUAUAUUAUUUGUAUUCCUCAUUGGAGCUUUUGCAGGAGUGGUCAAGUGGUGAGCCAUCAGCUACUGAUUGCAGAAAACCAAUUGUUUGCCCUGUGCUUGUACUUUGGGAGUUGGAGAACACUAAAACGUGCGGGUACUUAACAAGAGUCUUCUCUUGAAGAUUGUCAGUGGGAAGUGAUAAGUGCUACUAAUGUGACAUUCAGGUUUAGGCCAAUAACAUGUAAGUUAUCCAGCUUCUGAUGCAGGUUGCUAUAGCCGUUUGCACAAUUAGAAUUGAUGUAAGUGGAGAUGCUUCGUAAACACUUGUAAUUUGCCUCAAAACCAUGCCUGACAUUUCAGGGUGUUUGGUGACUUACAAUGUAGACUUUGUAAGUGUGGUAAAUUAUGAAAUAUUGCAAAUGAAAUUAGCCUUUUCUCCAUUUUUGAUGUUUUGUGUAAUCUGAAAUUUUGUAAUCAUACAAAUCUAAAAGUUGCAGAACAGAAAACCUUUUGUAUUCUCUAGACUGCGAUGAAUUUUAUCCCUUCAUGCACAGAUUAUACUAUUUUAUUAUUAUUAAAUACAAUUUGUGUUUAUAACUAUUGUGAAGGUGAUAUUCUGUAAAUGGAAAUUUAGAUUCACAAGAUCUUAGAAAUUUGUAGCAUGGAAGGAGGCCAUUCAGCCAUGUCCAGCCCUAUUUACAUGGAGUUUUCCAGUGUAAUCCUACUUUCUGAUUCUUGGUCUGUAGCCUUGUAGGCUGCAGUACUUAAAAGUGCACAUCCAAGUACACUUUUAAAUGCCACUGCCUCCACCAUCCUUUCACACAAAGCUCCAAGUCCUCAUCGCCAUCUGAGUGAAAAUAGUUCCGCUCGAAUCUCCUCUAAACCCAUAGUUCUUCCCCUAAAUUUAUGACCUGGUUAUUGGUACCUCAAUCAAAGGGAAUAGGGAAUUCCUAUCCACCUUAUCCACUCCCCUCUCAAUUUUAUACAUUUCUGUAAGGUCUGCCCUCAGCCACCUUUGUUCGAAAGAAAGCGUCCCUGUUUUCUCUCCGCAGAUGCUGCCAGACCUGCUGAGUUUCUCCAUCAAUAUCUGUUUUUGUCCUAGCCUGUCCAAUAUUUCCUCAUCACUAAAACCUCAUAGUCCAGGAAAUAUUCUCUCAAAUCUCUUCUGUACUAUCUUUUGUGCAAACAGAUUUUUCUUACAUUACAGCUGUGACCUAACCAGUGCUUCGUGCAAUUCCAGCAUUUCAACCGAGGUCUUAAUAUUCUAUGCUACAGCUGAUAAAGUAUAAGUAUACCAUAUGUCCUAAUGACUACAUUAUCGACCUGUCCAGUCACCUUCAAUGAUUUGUGGCCACAUACUUCAGGGCUUUUUCUCUACGUUCUCCAGUAUCCCUACCAUUGAUUAUGUAUUCCUUUUAAAGGAGACUUUCUUAACCUUCCCUAACCUCACUCUUCUCUGGAUUGAACUCCAUUUGUCACUGUUCUGUCCACUGACUAGUCCAUUGUUACCUUCCUAAAGUCUGCAGCCUUGUUAUCAACCACACAGCCAACUUUAGUAUCAUGCAAAGUUCUAUCUGCAACUAUGGGGUCAGAAUAAUGCUAAAAGUACUAGUCGUAACUUUAUUACCUAUAAGCUGACAACUUGAUGCAAUCAAAUGUAACUUGGUGAAAAUGAAAUGUAUUUAACUACUGUAUAAUGUUCAGUUUUAGUUCAGUGUACCUUUUGUUUGCCAAAAGAGAGAUUGUUUUGCAAAUAUAAGUAAAUACAGCACACAAAUAUUGAAGCUGGCAUAUUUUAUGAAAGGAACUGUUUAUAAAUUUUAAUUGUAUAGGUUUUAAAAUUGUGCCUCGACUUUUUUUUAAGCUUAAGCUUAUUUCCAACUAUUUAAUUUGGUGUAUGAUUUUGUUUACAUAUAUUUUAGUACAAAGCUUUAAGUCUUUUUAACUCUUCAGAAAAUAUAAAUUUUUAAUUUAUUUAAUUUUAAACAGUUUUUUAGAUGAAAUUUCAUUAUACUUCAGAAUGCAGCAAAAAUCACUUAGAUUCACAGAAAAUUUACAAAUGAUUAAAUUUACUUCAAGUAGACAAUGAAUAACAUUUUGUGAAUGCUCAUUAUUGGUUAGCAAUAUACAACUUAAAGCCUUGAAUUUGCAGAUUUUUUGAACUAAUCUUUAUUGUACUGUACAAUUUUGGUUGAGAGUUUCACGUGUUGGAAGGAGAGCAACAGAAGCAUGUUGUUGAGACUGCAAAUACAGCAGUAUUUCAGAAAUCAUAUUUGAACUGAAGCAAAGCUAGCUGUCUUGAAGAGAAUGUUACUGUGCAUAGGCAAGUUAGGCCCAUCAUUCAUCUCUGCUCUAAAUGAUAUAGCACCUCCUUCCACAAGUUCUACUCUGUCAAAACUGUUAAAGUGGCUAGGUAAAACAUUUUUACCACUGUGCUCAAAACAACUAUAGUCACUUACAUCCCAGUACAGCAUUUUUUUCAUUCCAGAGAUGCACUGUCAAUGUGACUUAGGCGAUUAGCAUAAAGUGAUAUAAGUUGUUAAGUCCUGCCCUGAAAUUAUUUAGCAUCAAAGUUUGGAUACGUAGAGCUCUUGUGGCAUAAUGGUAGUGUCCCUACCUCUGAACCAGGAGGCAUAGGUUCAAGUCCACCUGCUUCAGCAGUGUGUGACAACAUCUCUGAACAAGUUGAUUAGAAAAUACAAGUAUCAACUUUGAAAGUGAGGGGCAAGGGUGAGAUGAAAUGUAAUUCAUAAAACUUUGUUCUUUCAAAAUAGAAUUCAAUUAUGGGUAAGAUUUUUUUCACAAAAAUAGCAUGUGCUUUAUAUUAAUGUUUUUAUAAAAUGUUGAAGUUUACAGAUUGUGAAAUAACUGCAGAAAGAUCUCUAAUUUAGUAAUUUUUUUUCUUUUUACUAUUCGUGCACCUGAAAGCAUAUUUUCCUGUAUAAAUGGCUGGUUUUGUGAAAACUGGCAUAUCAUUUAAAUAGUGAACAUAUUUGUUACAAGAAGCAUUUCACCAACCCCAGAGCACUUUUGUGACUAUUUCAUACAUAAUUAGGGAACAAACUUUUGCACAAAUAAUAAACUGGAUUUGUAGUACUGUUAAAUUUUAGGUCAAGAUUUUUUCUGUGUAAUUAAUCCUGUUUCAAAAUUUUUCAUAAACAGAGAGCACCUCACCAACUUUCAAAACAAAAUAAAAAUGUUGCUUUUAACAGGUUUUCAAUGUUAAGAUUUACAAUUAUGGAUACUGGUAUAGUUUAAUCAAAAUCACAGUGACUUAAGUUUCAACUGAGAAAAUAUAGCAGUAGGGUAAAUGAGGCAAAGUGACCAAACUCUAAGAUUCUGUUAUGCAUUUCCAUAAUCAGAUACAAAUAUUGACUCAUUUGUCAGUUUGCCCUAUGAUUCUUAUUGGAUGUACAUAGAAGUUUAAUGUUUAUGAAAUGUUUACAAACAAAAUUCAUAAAGACUAAUUACCACAUUUAAUUUAUUGAGAAUACUAGUGGAAAACUUGUUAUUUGCAACUAAAAACAGAUUUUGAGCAAUUGAAAAUUUGGUAAUGGCAUUUCAACUGCAGUUAUAAAUCAGAAGCAUAAAGCUGUUUAAUAUGAACACUUGUUUCUUGCAAUACAAAAGAUUGUCUAAACUGAUGUAAAUAAAUGUGUUACAAAUGUCCUAUUUCCCUAUAAUUCCACAGAUUAUUUCAUGUAACGUUUUUAUUUUUGUUUUAAUUCAAAAUUCUGUAUAUUUCUGUAAUUUUAGUUAACUGUACCAUGAAUUAAAUUGUUAAACUUACCAAUUAUGUUUUCUUUUAUGAAGCCUACAAAUGUAAAUAGUUUGUAUUACAUUUUGCAUGCAUGGACUCCUUUGACCAAUCUUGAGACUGUGUAUAUAUGUUAUAGUGUACAGUAUGUUUCAUAAACUUCAAUGUUUAAGAAAUAAACCUGUCUUUUUAGACAGCUGUCUGUCUUCCCCUUUUUUUUGGUCAAUUAUAGCAGUAUUAAAAUGUGAAGAUGGA